GGUGCACCGGUGUUACGUGUAAUUAAUUGGGAACGGAUGGUAACAAGACGGAACGGGUACGGGGAAUAGGUUUAUACGUUAGGCCCUUGCAUCCGUCAUUUUGUCUAGUCUAAUUCUUUCUUUCCGGUUUUUGGACCGAUACCGAAGUAACUCUUGGUUGUGAGUUCAACUACGCGCCACUUGUUGCUUGGAUUGUUGGUUGGAAAGAAUUCGAUUUGUUCUCCUCCCGAUUGUUUCGUUUCGGUGUUGGGCGGCUCUUGCGUGACUGAUUGUCAAGAUGAGUUGAUCGGCUGAGUGUCAUGGUGUGAGGCUGUAUGAAUUUCCCACCUGUCCGUUAAUGUGCGUGCAUCAUUUUGGCAUCCCAGUGUUUGGUCUUCCCGAAGUCACAGUGAUAGUCAACACAGCCAUGUAGGCCUAUGUAGGAACAUAAAUGUGGCCUACUGGAACUUUUCAACAGAAGGCAAAGGCCUAGCGAUUUGUUGCCUUCCGCUUUCAUGUUUUUACGACUCGGCUGUGUCUGGCGAAAUUGGAAUCGUUUAAAUUGAAAGGCCUGACGUGGCAAGGAGUACUUGUUCUCUUGAUGACAUUCACAAUGAAGAAGAAGAAGUACAAGUUUAAUGUGAGCUUUGAGUUGGUGGAAUUGUCCUCGAUACCCCUCGUCAAUGGAGUUCUAUUCAGCAAAGUAAGGCUACUUGGUGGAGGCAACUUUUCACAGUUAACUUCCCGAGAAGAGGUGUCGGACCAUUCAGUAAAAUGGGGGGCUACACUAAACUUCACCUGUCGGAUGAGCGCCAAUGCUUCCACAGGAAUCUUGGAGCCCUGCCACUGUCGAGUGUCUGUUCGAAAGGAGGUGAAAGGGGGUAAAUCUUAUGUCAAGUAUGGCUUUGCUGAUGUCAAUCUGGCCGAGUAUGCAGGUUCAGGCCGGAUUACAAGGAGGUACCUGCUGGAGGGUUAUGACACGCGUAGAUUAGACAACAGUAUUCUAAAGGUUAGCAUAGACAUGACGUUAUUAUCAGGAGAUCCCUGCUUCAAAGCGCCGGAUGUAGUGCAGAAUUUUCUGCCGGGAGAGGUUAAGAAAGAUGAGAUGCCCAAGUCCAGCCUUCGAGGGAAUGAGUACACGGGCAUGGGCAGUCUGGUUGGUGACAGCAGUGCAAGAAGCCGGCAAGGCAAGCCUAGACCAAACAUUUUGACAUCAGGUCUAGUAUCAGCUGCCGAGUCUGGCAGCAGUGGCAUCGUUGAAGAUGAGACGUUUGAGCAGGGCCAUUCCCGCAGCUCCAGUUACAACAGCCAGCAGUCCCGGGCCAGUGGCUACAGCAGUACUCACUCCCGCUCCUCCAGCACCACCGAGCAUUUCUCCAGUGCCCAGAGCCUGACAGACCUGCCAGAGCACGAGGAGCCCAAGGAGUCCUGGAAGGGUACCAAUGAGAGACGAAGGAAACAUGCGGAAGAAUCCCAGCAACAGCGACGAGUGGAUGACACACGAGUUAAUGCUGAUGAGAUCAUCGAUGACAUCAUGAGCAAGCAGGACUUCCAAGCAGAUGAAAGCACAGGUGAUGAAGGGCUGCAGCUGUUCAUUGCUAAAGAUGGUUCAACAGCGUUGGGGAGCAACCAACUCAAAAACAGAAUGUCUGCAGGUGUGUUUGAGCAAGUUGUCAUUGACCAAAGGUAGUGUGGUAAGAUGGGCUACGUAUCUCGUCGUGACAGUUCAUACCAUGUGAGCUGUCAUGUGGCAUUGCAAUCCAGUGACAAGUUGAGGAACCUGAUCCUCAGAGAAAUUGAACCUGCAUCAACAGUAGCAAUUAUUGUAACAUGCAGACUGGUGCCAGGUCCUGCUGUAGUUGGUGAAUGGAAAUAAUGUGAAAAUUCAUUGGUUUUGCAUUCACGAAUGUAGACCAAACUUGGGGCAAGAAGUCAGGUUAUCAUGUGAUCUCAAGUGACCUCUCAGGUGAUCUUUUAUUCAUUUGAAAUAAUUGGCUUUUUAGUAAUAGCAGAAAAAAAGUCAUUUAUCAUAAAAGGCUUGUUCAUCAAAUUCACAUCUACAAACACUGAACUAAUUUUCAGAGGGGUUACAUAAAUGCAUAAAUGUAAAAAGCAUGAUCUAAAUGUAAAAACUAUGACAAUUUUUGGCCCCCAAGCUUUAAAAGGAUAUCACACUUUUCAGGGGUAAACUGUUAUGCAGAUCUUGAGAUCUGACAAAUUUUUGAUCAAGUGACAAGGCUCAUUUUGUAUAUAGGGAGAUUGUGUAAUUUUGCCCCCAGCAGUUGGAAUCUGUAUAGCUCUAAGAUUGUAUAAAUUCAUUUCUAAUUUAUCAGCUGACAGAUUCGGCUAAUCUCUGCUUGAUAUGAAAAAUAGAAGUCUGUAAAAGAGCUCCAGGAAAAUAUUUUAUGUGGUUUUUUGUGGGCAUGUUACUUGAUGAGUUCUAUUUUUCAAGAUAGCAGAAUAAUUUUGCUCACAAAAUUGCGAAGGCACCGGUGUGUGUACUUCUAUGAAAUUUCAACUUUUUUCAUAGAGACAGGAUUUUGCACAGGGGUUAAACUUUCAGUAAAAUCCGGGUCAGAACUUUGACAU